GAAUGCGCAUGCGCAUCACUAGAUGGCACGGCUGUCUUCUUUCCUGGAGAAUUUCUGAAGGACUGCUGGCUGGAAACUUAACGGCUAAUGUGGAUCUGACCGUAGUUUGCCAAAUUAAGAAAACGUUUUUAUUCUGUUGAAGAUUUGCUUUAACUUCAAAAGCGAUGACAACAAAGUAUGGACACCCCUUCAGGACCAACCCAGUAAGUCACUGGGUUUUUGUAAUCUCGCAAUAUUGAAAUCAAGAGACAUCACAGAACACAGCAGCAAAGUAGAGACGGGGUUUCACCGUGUUAGCCAGGAUGGUCUCAAUCUCCUGACCUCGUGAUCGGCCUCCCAAAGUGCUGGGAUUACAGGCGUGAGCCACCGCGCCCGGCCAGCAAAGGAGUCAUGCUAUACUGUAAAGACACUUGAUCAAGAGAACUCUGGGAAAAGCAGAAAACCGUGUGCCAGGGACAGGAAAGAUAGGAGAAAGAAAGUUUAUCAGAAUUUUUUAAACCUGUCUCAGAAAUAACAACAUAUUUUAAUCAGAGAUUUCACCUGUGCCACAGGCCACCAUGGAUCUGCACCUUGAUGCCCUUCGGAGUCAUGACAGCGCAAGCAAUAACAGCUCAGGAAGCAGCAGCAGAGGAGACCAGAAAGGCUGAAGCUUCAGAGAUCACCUGCCAAACACAGGCUGAACCUGACAGCAUGUCACACCAGGAUGUUGCUAUGAAGACAGAUUCAUUAAAAAUGACUGAUGUGGAGUCUGGGGUCGCCAAUUUUGCAUCUUCAGCAAGGGCAGGCCGCCGGAAUGCCUUACCAGACAUCCAGAGUUCAGCUGCCACAGACGGAACCUCAGAUUUGCCCCUCAAACUGGAGGCUCUCUCCGUGAAGGAAGAUGCAAAAGAGAAAGAUGAAGAAACAACACAAGACCAAUUGGAAAAGCCUCAAAAUGAAGAAAAAUGAAGGCUCAUAAUCUAUCAAGAGUGCUGAAUUUCCACAUGUUGAAAGACUUAGUGGUUCUGUUUUCCCGAGACAUUUAAUCUGGUGGUAACUGUGGUAACAUUGCAGCCCUAAGCAGCAUGUGUAUAUUAGAUAAUUGUGUUGUGAUGCUACUCACUUUGAUUGCAAUGAUGAUGUCCAAUGUAAGCUAUUAAAAGGCAGGUUACUUCCAAAUUGCACUGAAGGAAAAGGUUAAGAAAAAUACAUGAUUAUGGACAUGCAUACCAUUGUCUGUAAACCCAACAAAAUUCACUGUUCUCUUUUGGAUUUAUUUAGCCUGAUGUAUUUUUAAUUCAAUUUUUAUGGUGAUGGGCAAAUCAUUUCUUGGUAAAUGCAAAUCAAACACGAUUGAUUUAAAACUUCAUGGAAUUUGUAGAAAAUUAUGGACUUUUUUUGGUGAGAAAGAACAAUAGUCAAAACUCACAUGGAUAGAGUCUGUUUGUUUUUAGCCAAAAAUGCCCCAGACUUUUUCCCAAACCUCAAAAAUGAUUUGGAAAAAUUGUAAAAGUUUGAUAACAGAAACAUCUUUAGGAUAUUUUUGUCUGACAUAUUUUGCUUCUAUUAUGUGCCUACUGUGAUUUUUUUCAUGUGGAAAAUGCAAAAUUUGUAACAAAAUGGUUAUAUGGAACAUGCCUAUUAAAUGAAUUUUACUAUCUUCCCUAACUUUGGUAUGUGUAUGUGUGUGUGUGUUUUACUUUAAUAUUAAUUAUACAAAAUAUUAGUUGUUUUACACUCUCUUUUCUUAUUCUUAGGGCUUUUGUGUAUGUCUGACUUGUUUUUAAAUACCUUCCUCAGGAAUGCAGACCUUAAUUUUUAUAUUUUUUUAAAGUAGCUAACAUAGCAGUAGGCACUUAAGCAUUUAGUCAAUGAUAUUGGUAGAAAUAGUAAAAUACAUCCUUUAAAUAUAUAUUAAGCAUAUAUUUUAAGGAGCAAAAAUAAAACCAAAGUGUUAGUAAAUUUUGAUUUAUUAAAUAUUUUAGAAAAAUAAUAGAAUUCUGAAGUUUUAAAAAUGUCAGUGAUUAUUUUCAUGUUCAGAAAUACAUGCAUGCAGUUAUAUUUUAUUUGAUUGUUGACUUAGGCCGUGUCUGUAUACAGUAACCAAAUAAACUCUUUCACUAUUAAAGAGAUUUGUUACUGACACAA